AUGGUAGUGAAUAUUCCAACUGCAAAAGACGUUAUCAUUGGCAAAGGACGUGAUCAUGGUCAUGAUCAGCAUCCUGGAAAUCAGUACUGGAUACAUCUGAUGAGAGAAAGAUUGGAACAUUACGACGAAGCGAACGAAGUGCGUAUGUCAGUGUCGAUCUACAAGCGAGUGCAAGAGACUGGUGCGCGUUUCUUGAAGUGUGAUGACAACGGCGAUUAUUUUGAGUUAACAGACGAAGCUGCCAAUCGCAAAACCUUGCAAUGCUUAGUCGACAUGAACCAUCAACGAACAUACGCAAGAGGAGUGUCACCAUUUUUUGUCAACAAUUGGACCAAUACGAAGGUUGAUGGGCUAUGUAGUACACUCCGGACAACAACAUCGACUUUGAAAAAUUUGUCUGUCAAGUUCUCUGCCACUGCAAAUUUCGCAAAACUGGUGGGAGCCUUGAAGGAAAACCAGUCGCUCAAGAAAUUAUCUGUGAACUUGACUAUUUGCAAAGACUUUUCUUCCACCGAAGCCAUGGUUUCUAUGCUCUGUAUGGCAGCUUCCAACCAUCCAGAGAUUUCAAGUCUGACAAUCAAGGUUCCAGUAGCAUUGGGGAAGACUUCAACGAAAGCCAUUGUUGAUCUGAUUCGCGUUUCCACCACACUCCAUGAAUUGCGAGUUGUAGGUAAUUCAUCGUUGUCCACUGCUAUUGCUCUACAACGUUAUAAUCGUGAUGAUGGCUCCUCGAAGAAGCGCAUGAAGGUGUUGGAACAGAAUCUCAUGAAUUCGUUGGUACAGCAGAACCAUCACUUGAAGAUUCUGGCCAUUCCACACCGCAUUGCUGGUGGGCACAUUAGAUUCAUUGAUUUUCUAAAUUUUGUCUGGAACAAUCCCCGGUUGGAAUGUGUGAGUAUCUUGGGCAUGGAGGACAUGACGGAUGACGACAUCAAGAUGAUGACCAACCUGCCCCGUCGCAACACGCCAUUGGUUUGGAAAGUCGAUUCGAGAAUGGCCCAUCGUUGCCAAGACUUUUUAUGUCAACUAUUAAAAGCUCAUCCGGAAAUCUUGGUCAAGCCAGCAGGCGCCACUGGUGUCCGUAAAAGAAAUGCCCUGCCUCCAAAGGUACAAUUUUGGGUGGAUUUCCGUCGGGAGGGUCGCUAUCUUUUGCAACGACCUGACCUUCCCUUGCCCGCAUGGCCCCGUGUACUGCUUGCACGCGGUGCGAAGCCGGGUAGGAUUUACGAGUUUUUGAGGCAUGGUCCAUUCUUUGCAGGACGUGGUGUGGGCUUUGUACAAGACAACCACAACCACGAACCCCCAGUACCAGCACCAGUACCACCAAAGAAGAAGAAGGAGAUCCACAACUCAAGAAAGAGAAAGUUCGACGAGAUGAAUGCAAAGGUUAUUGAUGCGAUGGAUCAGGACUAG